AGCAAUUCAGUGAUUCUUGCUCCUGCACGCCGAAGAUAUAGAACGAACAUACAUGUACAACCCUUACCCCGUUUUAGGUUUAUUGUUUGAGCUUGACCCAUUGCAAUCGCAUUUCCCCCUAAUAAUUCGAUUGAAAAAGAAGAUAAAAAUAGAAGCGGAAAUAACCAUGCGUGACCCGGUAAAGUUUCUCUGGUGGCACGAGUUCUCACACCCUCGUUGCAGAUAGACGCGACGGAUUGGCCAGAACGAAUCAGCGCACCACAUGGGCACCAAAGAUAUGCCGGAGUUGGAGGACGUCGAGGUGGAGCCGGAGCAAAGGAGUACAAUGCCGCCCAUUGCUGCGAAGAGGAGAAUCACUUUUGCGUGGCCACGGCCUGAUGGCUGUUUCUCUCUACAUGCCCCAACUAGAACGCCGUCGUCUUCAAGUUCUUGUCCGUUUCCCUUCGCAGCAGGACCAACGUCGAGCUCGAUCCCCCCGACGACACCCGCAGCUGCACAUAACAAGGUUUUACUAACGGCGCAAAGUCCAGAACAAAUUUCGUCAAUUGCACGAAGUACUAGAUCGCAACCGCUCUCGCCGCACAGUUGUAUUAAGGACACAGCGCGGGCUUGCCUGUCACUACAGAAGCAGAAGCUGCAGAACUCAAAAAGUAACGACGCGACAUCGACGUCCUCGACGAUGAAAACAGAAUUGCACAAUCUACAACCUGGUGGUGAAAAUACUAGCUACAGUAAAAGCAAAAGCGCGACGUCUUUGACCAAGGACACGAACGACAGGAAGCACAGCAUUAGAAAACGGAAGCGGAUCAUGGGGAAUGAAACGAGUAGCAAAGGAAAGGAUCGUAGCCUUGCGCCGCCUGCAACAGUAUCAAGAAGAACACCGGGGACGGAAUCCGGCCGCGCAAGCAGGAGUAGUAGGACAGCAGCUUGUCCUCAGCAAUUUAUGAGUAAGGAGGCGCAGACGAGUAAAAUUCGCGGUCUUGAUGACCGGCAGACGUGCGACAUUGUUCCUUGCUUGUCAGGAAGAACGCACAAAACAAUAAGCGCAAGGACGACGAUUCACCAAUUUCUAAAGACGCACACAAUUCCUGUCUUCUCCUGCCCGAAACGGACCACCACCAUGGCUGCAGCUGUACUGCUAUGCACCAGUGGAGUUGCGUCGGUAGGCGGCGGGGGAACGGAACCAAGGCCAACCGGCAGCGCAAAAGGCAGCAGCGCAUCUGCAGCAGGAGCGCACAGCAUCAACGACGAGAGAAUACAAGCGAGCUCCGUGGACGAUUCCGUGCGUGGCGGCGGCGGAGUAGACACCGAGCGAGGACGAAGAAGUCGUGCUUCUGCCACAGAUCACAGUGCCGCCCCGGAAAUCCUCGAUGCUACGGAAAAUAACGCAGUAAGGACCGCGCUCGGCUCGAGCUCCCCCCUUGACGAAACUGCAAACCUACAUGCACCACCCAUGGCGCAUCAAAAGGAUGCAAAAUAUUCAGCUUCGAGCAGCAGACGAAAAACUUCCGCCGUACCUGCAUCUGGUGACUCAUCCAUGAGUGUUACAGGAGCUGGCCACGCAAUAGAAAGGAACGCAGUGAAGAUAGCAAAAGCCCGAGCCCCACCAAUGAGGCAGCUGUGCCCACGCGGAGACACCAAAGAGAUUUGCAGGCUCUCGAAUAAAAACCAGGACGCUCUAGAGAAUCAGGCGUCCGCCCCUACACCGGAGCAGCAGCAGGUAAGCCUAAGCACGAAACAGAAACACCAAAAAACAAAUAUAUGCAUACAUAACUAUAACAUAGAAGAGUGCCAGUGCGUGGCAUCGCUUCCUAGAUCACUUUUACAUUUCGAUGCGGCAAUGUCCAAGGAUUGCAGCAGAUGGAAUAAAGUAUAAACGUUUGCGAUAGUGUAAGUGAAAUGAAACUUCUUCUUCCAGCUGCACGACCGUCCCGCGAGCGGAGAUAAAAUUCUAUCUGACCAUGUACGCACCGCGAGUGCGCCCGCACUACAUGAUCCCGCACCGUGGCGGAAAGUCUCUUCGGUUCCAGCAGGGUUGGUGGACGACAGGAGAGAUAUGCACAAGAGGCGGAUGGACGGCCACGCGCCGAUGCCACCCGACAACAAAGCGGCAGCGCUCUUGGGCGCCAUGCUAAUGCCCAAAGGCCUCUUGGGCACUCGCAUCUACAGCAGAAUAAAAGCUGGCACCCUACAACUAGCCGACCCAAUGACCGUGAACGCGACGGUGAUCCGGAAUACGACCUUCACCCUUCCGGUGCAACCGCCAAGCACGCGCAUAUACAAAAAGACCCAGAUCAUGGGCAGCAACCUAGGUGACUACGCCACACCGGUGCCUAUCGACUUCGAGGAUCUGGACCAGGACUGCAAAAACGCGGUCACAAACUUCGUCAUUUACGAGGGCAUCGAUUUUGCGAAUGACGAGUGCCGCAACCACUGCCAACUGAAACCGUUUCACACAACAUGGCCCACAGGAUGCCAACACGACGUCUGCGAUCUGUGGGUAAAAAUGCUAACCAAAGAGGCCACAGGAAACGCGCCCUGCCGCAAGUACUUACUCACUACAGCAACUUUUCAUGAGCAUUUUUUCAUCUUGAUCUUCUAUAAUUGGAGUUGUUGGUUUGCACACUCAACACUUUUUGCCCAUGUUGAUACCGGAAUCAUCUUUGUCCUUCUUUGGCUUUCGGUCGUUUUUCAUACUGCGUGUAUCUUCACAGCGAACGUCAACACCUCUGCAGGUACAUUUGCUACAUUGCCCCGUAUCUGGAGGGAUACACAGCGGACGACGCGUUUCGCCACUGCGGGCCCCGUUUUCUUCGGGACGCUUACACGUUUUGCGACUGGACGCAAAGGGGAGCCAGCAUGUGGGCCGGGCAGAACAGCCGGGUGCCGGGCCAGCUGUAUUUUCCACGAAAAGCCUACUAUUCCUCGUACCAGCUUCGGGGUACCUGGUCGGCUCUGACAACCGAUGAGAAAGACCAGUACAAAGUGGAGGCUGUCGAGAUGACGUCCCCGACGGACGGCACCAAGCGCAUGGUAAACGUGGGUCUUGGUUGGGACGAAACGUCGUGGGGAAAUCGUCGGUUCACCUCCACUAUCCUGUGCAAAAGUAAUAUCGUAGUCGAUGUAUAGAAAUAGAUACAGAAUUGCGUACUACCGAUCUUCCUGUUGCGUAGUAGAUCUGCAUGCUGCCGCUGCUCCUGCUCGUGCUCCGGCCUUUUUGUACCGUCUCGAAACGGUAACGGCAAGAACGGUUGGUCUUGGUCUACUUACCUUGGUGGCCUUUUCCUUGCAUCUUCAGGCCGCUUACUUGAUCUGCCCUGCCAGCAGUCGCACUCGCAGCCUCUGCCUCUCCUGGAGCAACACUACUUUCAUCUACUCAGCGUCUACUUAUUCUUCGAACUGUUUUCAGGAAGCUGCACAUGCCCCACCUAUUACUUUAUCCAGUUACAACCUGUCGGGCGACUACCGCUAUACUUUUGCAAUGCAUAUCUCUUUUUGCCGGGGACGCGAGCAAAGACGUUUACGAAAUGAACGUAUAGCACUACUACUUUGAUGCAAUGUUUGCCACGUCGGUCCACAUGGUUAGGAAGUUUAGGAGGACUUCAUGCCGAAAAAAGUGUACAAAUAUAAGUAGAAGUAAUUGCAACGCUCGAGCUCGUCGUCGCCUUCUUCCAUGUCCACGUCGUCCUGCGGCGAUGAAAGCUGUAUAAAAAGAAAAAAGAGCUAGCUCGUCGAGCAAGUGAUGUUCUGCAUUCAAGAAUCUAUCAUCUUCAAAAAUGUAGGUUACCACGGCGAUCAAACAAUGGUGGUAUCCGUGGUGUCCGGCCAGCGAAUUUAUGUGCUAUGAUGAGUUGAGCGACGGACAGCGGGAUGCGGUUCGAAAGCUACACUACACCAUCGACGGAUGGCACAUGAACGCCGACAUUCCCGGAAUUCGGGACCACUGCAAUUGGCCACGGUUUUUGGCGCAACAAGGAGUCUACCGUGCCGACGGACCUCGGUACAGCUGCAUGCGGUGGCGGGAAUUCCUGGAGGCGCCCCUGCACCGCCAAUUCUCCACCAUUCAGUAUCGUUGGACGGACCUGACGAAGCAGAGGCAGGAAGCGUACACCACGCUCAACUACGUCAAUACACCACAACAAUGGGACCAACGAGUACUACAGCAGCUCACUGCAUAUAGAUUUAACUAGAUGUAGAUAGAGAUACUUUUUCUUUUUGGUGGACCUGGUGGCUUCCCUGGCAUGUUUCACGCACCGAAACGGCCAUUGUAACAGAAACAUCGCAAUUCGAUGCACCACGAUAGAUUAAAACUUUCUCCACCACGGUUUUUGUGACUAUAAUUCCCUGAAGAUGUACUCCACAACAAACAUAUUAGGACAUCCCCGAUAAAUUUGUCGUGGAGUGGAGCAAGCUGACCACGGCAGAGCAAGGAGCUGCGGAGUUUUUAAUGUACACUGAGGACACGUGGAACGGAUGCCCGGAAGAGGAGUGUAUUUUUCGCCUGCUGUACGCGGAGAAGAAGCUGAUACCCACUCGGUCGACGGAGUUCCGGGCGCUGCAGUGGAAUCGAUUUGCGGACUUCCAAAAGGUGCACCUCGAGCAGCUUGGUUGGCAGGCGGACUCCUGGAAUGACGGCGGCCCUAUCCCGGCCGCAUUUUUCCGGACAUGGCAGGAACUGGAACCCGCACUGCAGAAAAUAGCGUCAAAAUACGGUAUGAUAAAACUGUUUCACGGCGCUUCUAUAGGUCUUUUGCUUUCCUCGUUCAACUUUGUCGUGUAGUUGCUGGAGUGUAGUUAUUUCCACCCCUGCGGAUCCUCUAAUUAGCCUCGGGGGAUUCUCCACCCGCGGACUUCGGAUCCUGCACCGUGCCCGUCUUUCUAUUUUUUCAUUACCUGUCCUCAUGAUGUUUGUGUAUCUUCAUGCCAUGCUUAGCAUACGAAGGGAGAACAAACGCUUUUCGGCGGGUGAAUGAGUACUAGUAAGCUCUGAUUAAUCGGAUUUUACAUUGAGGCGCAUCUACAUUCACCAACUGCUCUCCAGGUCAUCGGGAAGACACUUGGUCACGCUGCCCAAACACCCCGUGCUUGCUUCGCUAUGACUACAUUCAGCAGAAAUAUCAAGGUCCGUGGCAGUUGCUCAGCCCGCGGGUGCAGCGCACCUUUGCGAAGCUCGGGUACGGCUGUUUUCCUAUGCAUGAUUUUCUUACAGCUGAGCUAUACAGUAUUUUUCAUUUUUUGCCAUGGCUUCACUUUGUCUUUGGAUUUGCUAGCUUAUCCUCUAAGCGGUGAACCAUGUCCAAAGCCAAGUGUUUCGAUUGUGAGCGAUUAUUUUGAUGCAGCGUAAGCAGCGUGGUAGACGGCAUAAACUACAUAAAGAUGAAGUGUUGAUAUCCAAGCGCUAGAAGCGCGUACGUUGUUCAAGAUUAGGACGAUUACGAUGGCAGCUCUACUUUUGUCGGUGGCCUAACUUCUACAGGUGGACCCAGCAGAUGUGGGACGACAAGCAGAGCGGGGCUUCGACGGAGUUACCGGAUACCUAUCGCAAGCUAUGGAAGGACCUGACAAACGACGAGAAGAUCGACGCGCAGUUCUUCGACUACGACGAGUUCUCGUGGAAUGGGUGUGCAGGGGCGGACCAGGAGAAAACGACCACUGUUGCCCCACCCAGCACCGAGGACCCCUUCCGCCGCAUUCGGGCGCGUUUGUACAUGCCGCGAAGUUAUAACGAAAUCAUGUCCGUGAGCCCCACAACGUUGGAGACCACCACGCCCCCGCCCGCAGUCGUCGUCAGUACUUCCUCUGGGACAACCACCACACCCCCAGACUCAAGCAGCGGGUACAUUGAUUUGAAAAUAUUGAAAGUUGUUCGUUUUAGAUUCCAGCCAAAGAUAAAAAAUGAAAAUCAUGUUCAUGCUGUACUUGGUUCCGUAAUCCGUUAGAAGAUAGAGUUAGAGAAGAUACACAUACCAGCACUACCACUUUCCGUGCUCUCCUUUUUAAUUGCUUGCUUUUGAUCAUGCUUGCUACUGUUACUUGGGCCCCUUGGGCGCACUGGAGAUUUCUGUUUCUUUUCUGGAGCUGCGCCAGAAGUAGCGGCAUUGCUUUCGGUACUAGCUGUAGCUGAUCUUUGAGUGUCACGUCGCAACUGACGGGCGCGGGAGGCAGAAUCGACCCCCUCGUCACUUCAGCCGCGAAUAGGUACUACAUUUCUAUGUUCUAGUUCUUGUUUAAACGCGACUAACACGACAACGCCAGAUUUGUUGCAGUGGCACAACAAGCAAUAGCAAGGACGCUGUUUUGUAACAACCCUCCGUAUUCCGCCACGACGAAUCCGGACCAGCGCGAUCCGAACGGUAUGCCUCUCUGUAUGGACAAGGACCCCUACGAUCGCCAGCUGAUGCGAAUAAACGUCCUUAACGUCGGACAAGGUACAAUUUUUUUAGCUUUAUUUUUUUGUCAAUAAAACAAUUGGCGAUCUGCAUCACGGUGAUGCAGAUCGCCAGCAUACAUGGCUCGUGCACGAAACUAAAAGAAGUGGAAAAAAAAUCUUGUCCACUGUGAAGACAAGAUGUAGCUAUCAACAACCCGACCGAAAAAUGAAGGUAUUCUGAUGGACUUUGAGAUCCUAGCGAACCGCACCGCGAAAGAAGUGAGUGCGGUGCAUUUGUACGAACGGCUGCAGGCGGCAACAACGAAUCCACAGUCAGACUUCCGCCACGAUGCGGAUUUCCAACGGUUUUCCUCGGUGGGUCAGCUGUCAAUGCUAACGUUCUCGGAGGAAGAGUUUGCCGAGGAGCAGGCCAAUCUGCAAUUCGAAGUUCUUCGGGCACAGUACGACGAAGAAAAGGCAUGUGAGCUCUUCAGCGACAAGAAAAAUGGGGUCGACAAGUGUCCCAAGGAUUCCGCUGCGACCUUUUCCGUGAUGCUCCCGCUAGUGGCAGUUGUUUUUAUUCGGGCGCUUAUUGAAGCAUUUGCUCUGUGAAGGAGCUGUUGAUGUGUCUGUCAUUUUUAACAUUUUGUCUUCUUGAAAGUAUUCUCCGCCAUCAUCGGAUACGGGGAGGAGCUUGACUGACACUGACGACAGAAGUUGAAGACUGUAGCUUUCACUUUCUCAAUAAAAACGGCAAUAAUUAUGAGCUGUACUUCGUACACGAAAGAACAAACAACUCACCUCCUUUGCGUUUUGUAUUUGUUGUCUUGAACUACAAAUAAACGAUAGGACUAGCUUCGGUCCGAUGUCUGUUUUUGUUACUUGAAGCAACAGAAACCUGCAGACAACUACAUCGGCAUGAAGAUCUUUUUACUUUUACAACGCUUCCUCUGCGACGCUCCAUACAUGGACAUCUUGUAGCUUCACCUAGCAACUCAAGUAUUUGGCUUCACACAUCACUGACACAGAGACACUCCCUCUGUUCAGAGAUAGGCAGCUCGCAAAGAGAAAAGAAGGACAAGGCAUGAGCGAAAAUAGCAGCAGAUACGUCGUGCUUUCUGUUUUUCGCCUGAAACCAGCGUAGCGAAUUCACUCAACUUCUUUACAUUAUACUUUAUACUCCGGUAAAGCUUUCUCAGAACUUAGAACAGAAGAU